AUGUCAUCAUCAACUAUAAUUACACCAAUCGCCACCACCACAACUAAUAAUAAUAGUUCUACCAAUGGUAUCCAUAAUUCAAAAACCAAUAGAACACUAUUUAAAAAUAUUAAAAAUAAUAUACCAAAUUCACCAAAUAAUGCACCAAUAAAGAAAAACUCUGUUGGUAUUAUUGGUAAUGGACCAAAUGUAAAUAAUAAUAAUAAAGAUAGAAAAUUAAAUAGUAAUGAUGGUGUUAAUUUUGGAAAGAAAAAUAUUUUAUUUACACCUUCUAAAAACUCAAUGGUUUCAACAACAAAACAUUCGUCAUCAUCAUCAUCAUUGUUAGCCAAAAAUGAAUAUGAUAUUGAAUCCAUUAAAAAAGAAUUGAAGAGUAUGGAUAUCUCCACUGGUGGUAUCUCUCCUUUAUCUAGCCCACUUAGAGAAUCAUCUCCAAUUUCUACCAUCGAUUUAGAAUCAAUAACCGCCACCACCACCAAACUUACCGAUGCUUUCGUUGCUGCUUCCUCCUCCUCCUCCUCUGUUAAAUAUACCAUUGAUGUUCUCCUAUCAUUUAAAUCGGCCAAUACCAAAAGACCAAUUCAAAUUGAUAUUGUAGAGAAUCAUCAAAAAGAAAUUGUUGUACCAUUAUCUCUUCCAACUACACCAUAUAAUAAUAAUAAUAAUAAUAAUAAUAAUACUAAUAACAGUUCACAACACAACACUGCAAAUGGUCAAAAAUAUCCAAUUUUCUCACCACAAAUUAGUCCAUUCAAAAUUGCCUAUGCACAAUCGUCAUCUACAAAAACUAAUAUUAAUAAUAAUAAUAAUAAUAAUAACAUCACACCAACUAAAAAAGCAAAUUCAAAUAUCACCACACCACAAUCAAACAAUCGUAACAAUCAUUAUAAUUCCAACACUAAAUCUUCCACAAAGAAACAAAACCCAAUUCCAUUUUCAUUGAAUACUGCAACACCAAAUCAAAAGAAUACUACAACAACACCAUCGAAGAAAUCAACAACAACCACACCAAAAUCAAAUAAAAAGAUUAAUGAUGUUAAUGCCGCUUUUGCUGCCGUUGCAAAUUCUACCACCACUACUGAACAACCAGUUGCCAUUAUCGAUGGUGCCACUCCUUCAACCAAUGAAUCACCAAAGAAAACUCCACUCAAAGAAACUGAUCCAAAGAGAUUGGCCGCUAGACAAAGACAAAUCGAUAUUGGUAAGAUGACAGCUGGUUACAAAAAUUACAUUGCUUUGGUUCCAAAAUCAAAGAGAAAACCAACUGAUCCAAAAACCCCAAAUAAGAAUCAAGUCUGUUCAAAGAGAUCUUGGGAUGGUCAAAUCAAGAAAUGGCGUCGUCAAUUACAUGAAAACUACGAUUGGACUGGUAUUCCAUUCAAUGAGAAAGAAGUUGAAGCCUCAAAUAAUGAAUCAACUGAAGAAUCUACUUUAGAAAAAGAAAUGAACAAAUUAGAAAUUUCAGAAGAAAAUGAAAACCAUAAUAAUUGA